AUGGCGUCAUAUGACGUAACUGGAGGGAGUCGGUCUCCUCAGCUCUGCCCCGGCUCAGUGCGCAGUCGUAGGUGGAAAAGGAGCGGAGCUAUCUUCCGCGCCUGGGUGCGCUUUGUGCAGGUGAAGAGGCGGGACUUCACUUCGGCGUCUGUCACCAAAAACGCGGUCGUAUGCGGCGCUCAUUUCAGACCGGGGGAUUAUCAUCCCAGCGACAUGAUGGAGUUCAGGAUGGGAUGCCGAUGCCCGGAGCGGGUGAGACUCAGUGCAGGCUCGGUUCCCUCGGUGCACACAGCGGCUCCAUCAGGUCCGCCGUCAGCAGCAGCUCCUGCCGCAGGUGGGCUCAAUGCUCACGGAUCCGUCAGAGGUUCAGCUCAACGAAAACGUCAACCGUGCGCCGAUUUGGGAGAUCCUACAGAUGCACCUACAGCCAGCGCUGCAGUGCAUGUAGACCCAGAGGAAGAGGCCUUCUCUCCACCGGCUCCUCAACCAUCUGUGCUUCACUUUGGCUCACAGUGUAACCUGAAGCCUUCUCAUCAUUCAUCAGGCUGCCGCUGCCUAUUGGAGCUGACGAAGCAGCCGGCCGCCAUCUUGGAUGGGUCUCUAAGGCGCUCCCAGUGCAUUUAUUUCUACUGA